AUGGUGGCCAUUGACCUGAUCGUCCAACAUGUUCACAAGCAGAUGGAGGAGGUGAGUGAGCCGCAGAACAGAAGAGAGAAACAGAAGAGCAGAGAGAAGAGAAGAGAGAGCUCGUUCUUCUAGAACUAUCUAGAUAGGAGAGAGGGGAGAGAGAGGCAGAGCAGAAGAGAGAGAGAAGAUGAGAGGAGAGAUCUCUAUCUCUCUUCUCUCUCUCUCUCUCUCUAUCUCUCUCUCUCUCCUCUCUCUCUAUCUCUCUCUCUCCUCUCUCUCCCUUCUCUCUCUCUCUCCUCUCUCUCUCUCUCUCUCUCUCUCUCUCUCUGCAGCAUGAGCUUUUGCAAUGGUGUUAUUCAGAAUACCCCCACCAGGUGUCUCAGUGUGACUACAUGGUUGACUUUUAUUGAAGAACUAGUGGGAGAGCAGAACAGUCUCUUGUCAUUGUCACCUAUUCAAAUGUAUUCUCCUUUGUGUUGUUUCGUCCUGGCCUUGGCCCAGCAGUAUGAUUUUACAUAAUGUAACUGACUUCAUCCCUGUUGUAUCAUAUCACAGCCCUGCACGGUACAGACCCCACAGGGCCAGGAGUAUGAGGGGAAAAUGGGUGGGUACUAUACAGUCAUGGGUAGUACUCCUAUUUCGCUCUACUGUGUUCGUUUGGCGUUCCUUUCUAAUAGUGCAGAUUUUGUGUGUUUGUAGCCAUGUUGAAGCUGCAUCCUCCUCUCUCCAGAUCACAGGUGUGUCCAUCCUGCGGGCAGGGGAGACCAUGGAGCCUUCCCUGAGGGCGGUGUGUAAAGAUGUCCGCAUUGGCAAGAUCCUCAUCUAAACCAACCUAGACUCAGGACAACCAGAGGUACUUUAGAACGUAAUAGAAUAGAUCUUUAUUGGCUGAAGAGAGAAGUGGUCCUGUUUAGAAAAGUCACACUUAUAUCCACCUCACUGGGUGUCUCCCUAGUAACCGGAUCUGCCUCCUCCACCUCCUGAUCAUAUCUCCGUGGUAACCCUGUUUCUCCUUCCUCCUCUCUCUGCCCAUCCCUUUCCAGCUGCAUUACCUGCAUCUGCCCAAAGACAUCAGUGAGGACCAUGUCAUUCUAAUGGACAGCACUGUGUCUACAGGCGCUGCAGCCAUGAUGGCUGUGAGGGUCCUAUUGGUAAAGUGGCAAUUGACAUCCCUAUCCCAUAAUAACUGAUAGCCCCACUACUUCAUGAUUAAUCACUAAUCAUUAUAGUAACCAUAUAAUUAUAAUUAGUAAGUUCUGUUUCUAUGAAAGUAACCCCCAUUACUCACCACACUAAAUGGUUGGGUUUUAAAAAGAUGGCAUAGCAUUGAUUGUGUGUUGUGUUAAAUGAGUGUUGUGAUGUAUCUGUGCAGGACCACGAGGUGCAGGAGGAGAACAUUGUGCUGGUUUCUCUGCUGAUGGCAGAGUUGGGGGUGCACUCGGUGGCCUACGCCUUCCCCAAGGUCAAAAUCAUCACCACCGCCGUGGACAAGGGUGUUGAUGACUUCCUGCAAGUCAUUCCUGGGAUUGGUGGGUUUGGCUCUGAUGUAGCACUCCAGUUAUGUGUUAUGGACAGUGGUGGAAGUUAGUGAUGUACGUAUUCUGUACUCCAUGUAAUGUAAGUUAACUCAGUGGUAUACAACUCUAACUGAGUAUCUGUGUGUUCUGUUGAUACAGGGGACUUUGGGGACCACUACUUUGGGACAGAUGGUGGAACAUCAGUCUGGAGUGAUGAUGAGGAACAGGAGCGACCCAAACAACAAACAUGA